AUGGGUCUCAUGCCCCGACAAACAAGGUUUGGUAAUCCAGCCCAACCAAUCUGUCGUGAAAGAAAGUCAGCUUGUCCGUCCGAGACGACAGCGACCAGUCUACUAGGUACUGCAUACCGACAGCUUAGCGGAUCAUGGAACCGGCCACUGAGAGGCUGCUAUGACCGAAUCGGUGUGUAA